AUGAGGCAGGAGGUGGCGGCAGCGGCGUAUCGCUUAUUCCGAUACGCUGGCCAAACACCGGUUCCAACACCUGGUCUUGUUAGCUGCAAACCUCGAAAUGGUGAACGAACGAAGCCUGUGCCUACACCCUCUCCCCAAGCACAUUCCCAGAUGCAGCCCGAUAGCUUACUGCCUCUAUUGCUUCCUCAUCCAAAGUCAACCACGGAUACAUCGAAACCAGAUACCGGCUCCGAUCACUUCUAUUCUUCUAGCCAGAUGAAGACCUUUCCCAACUCCAGCUUCUUCAAGGAGAAACGGGCGCCUACACUUCCAACGCCAGCCGAUAUUAGGGCUAUCAACCAGAAGUCGGACAACGUCCUCGCCACAAACUUCAAUCGCCCACAACCUCUUAGGAUCCCGUCACUAGGACUGUUUGUCAAGUAUGGAGCUGAUGUUACUAUUGUCGAAGCUCAGACUCAGAUAAUGGUACGCGAGAAAUUGCAAGGCCGAGUACCUGUCCCCGAAGUCUUUGGUUGGGCGGAGGAUGGGGGUCAACGGUUUAUCUACAUGUCCUUGAUUGAGGGCGAGACUCUGCAGGAGAGAUGGAGAGAUAUGAACGACCAUGAGAGAUGGACGAUCUGCAAGGAACUUAGGUAUAUAGUGGAGGCAUGGAGGUCUUUGAAGCAAGAUACACAUGAUUACUAUAUUGGUAGCCAGGGCAAGCAACCGCUUAAUGACAUAUUCCUUGCACAUCGUCCAGAACUUACUGGGCCAUUUCAAGGUGUUAAAGCGGUUAAACAGUUUCAAGAUGCUUGUGGUAUUGAAAUUAGUACUGAUGUGCCAAUUAUAUUCACACAUUCUGACCUUGUUGCACCUAAUAUCCUCCUAUCCCUAGGACCAAAUCUAAAAGUGGCAGCAAUUAUUGACUGGGGCCAGGCUGGGUGGUAUCCUGCGUACUGGGAGUAUUGCAAGGCCAGACGGGUGAGACUGAACCCAGAACACUUCAGUGAUGCUCUCCAAGAAGAAUGGAGGACAAAAUAUCUACCACUUAUUAUGGAUCCCGUUCACGAUGAGACAUACUACCACCCCUGGCUUUAUUUUGUUUUGUCUAAGGGCAUCUGA